CUUUGCCAAUUUCCAUUUCCCAUCGCCUGCCACCAACAGUCUGCGACGACGCAGACGAGCGACAGCGAGCCGCGAUCGACAAUUAAUCCCUCGACGACGCCGACACUCGAGCAGCUUCCUUUUCUUGCCUUCAACGACAGGCAUUGGCCGCUUCUCUCGACCGGCUUCCCGCCUCCCGUCAGCUGCUCGUCAGUGUGUCGCCGGCCGCAUUGUACUGAAGGACGCGUCCUGAAGUUGCUUCUGUCGUCGAUUCGCCUGAUCAAUUCGCCGCAAUGAAUUCUCAAGGCGCCAACGACGUGUCGCCCGAGGCGAUGCAGGCGCGCAUUCAGCAGGCGCGCCGCGAGGCUGAGACCCUCAAGGAUCGCAUCAAGAGGAAGAAGGACGAGCUCGCCGAUACUACUCUUCGCGCCGUUGCUCAACAAGCACACGAGCCUAUUCCCAAGAAUCAGCUCAUGAAGGCAAAGCGCACACUGAAGGGUCACCUGGCCAAGAUCUACGCUAUGCAUUGGUCAACCGACCGCAGACAUCUCGUAUCAGCUUCGCAAGACGGAAAGCUCAUCAUUUGGGACGCCUAUACCACCAACAAGGUCCAUGCCAUUCCCCUGCGCUCGUCGUGGGUCAUGACCUGCGCCUACGCACCGUCUGGGAACUUUGUCGCCUGUGGUGGCCUCGACAACAUCUGCUCCAUCUACAACCUGAACCAGCAACGUGACGGCCCUACACGUGUGGCUCGCGAACUAUCAGGGCACGCGGGAUACCUGUCUUGCUGCCGCUUCAUCAACGACCGGUCCAUUUUGACAUCAUCAGGCGACAUGACUUGCAUGAAAUGGGACAUUGAAACUGGACAGAAGGUGACAGAAUUCGCUGAUCACCUCGGCGACGUCAUGAGCAUCAGCCUCAAUCCCACUAACCAGAACACUUUCAUUUCGGGUGCUUGCGAUGCAUUUGCCAAGAUGUGGGACAUCCGCGCCGGCAAGGCUGUACAAACGUUCGCCGGCCAUGAAUCCGACAUCAACGCCAUCCAAUUUUUCCCCGACGGCCACUCGUUCGUCACAGGAUCCGACGAUGCCACCUGUCGGCUCUUCGAUAUCCGCGCCGAUCGCGAAUUGAACCUCUAUGGAUCCGAAUCCAUUCUCUGCGGUAUCACUUCCGUCGCUACCUCUGUUUCUGGUCGUUUGCUCUUCGCCGGUUACGACGAUUUCGAAUGCAAGGUGUGGGAUGUCACUCGCGGCGAGAAGGUUGGCUCGCUUGUUGGCCACGACAACCGCGUCAGCUGCCUCGGCGUCAGCAACGACGGCAUCAGCUUGUGCACAGGCUCUUGGGACUCAAUGCUUAAGAUUUGGGCAUACUAAUCUCUCCCGGCUACCACGAUGGACUUCUACAAGUUGCCUCAGCGCUGCUUGGCACGCUUUACACAACUUCACCAUCCGCCCUCGGAAAAGAUACCAGCCAACGGUCACGUGCUAUACACCGAAAGACACGCUUGAUUUUUGCCAUGCGAUCACUGGCGCACGCAGGACGAAUUGACGAAACCUACCCACCAUCCUCCCAGCCCGUCGAGACGAAACCCACGCCCACGCACAUUUACAUAGUACCAGCAACUUUCUUCUCUGUUUGCACAUCUCUUCUUUCUUCAACAUCGUGCGUCCAAUAUAGUCGGUAAACGAUUUCACCAUACCCCGGGCGGAGCGGUGCAGCAACGACUUGCUGGAGCGGAGGCAAUGUGGGAUUUAGCUGACGCGCGAUACCUCUUGUUGUUUUUCUCUGGAUUUUUUUUCCUUGCCUCUCCUGCUCUGCUCUGCCUCUGAAAGCCAGCUAGGCUUCUUCCAGCUCGGCUGAAAAGCUCUUC